AUGAAAGAAGAAUGUGCUACUUCUGAUAAGUACAUAGAACUGACUUUCGAGCAUAUGUUAAGAGAGAGGUUUCCUGCUUCUUUAUAUUUUCAGUUUAUAAAUUCGUGCAAUGGUUUCAUUUGUUUAGAAGGAAAUCAAGGAAGGAGUAUUAUAGAUGAGAAGAGCUUUUAUGUGUGCAACCCGGUUACGGGCGAGUUCAUCACUAUCCCGCUAGCUAAGGAAAAGUAUAUAGAGAGGGAUGCAUUUGUGGGACUUGGUUUUAGCGCUGUGACCAAUGAGUACAAGGUGUUGCAAACGAGCACCUCCGUUUACGACCAGGGGGAGAAGGAAGCUGAGAUUUAUACAAUCGGUAGUAGAGGAGUGUGGAGAAGUAUUGGAAAGGCUCCUGUGCAACGUGUUGAAUUACCUAUGAAUUCUUAUUUGCACGGAGCUCUUCAUUGGGCUCCAUCACUUUCGGUUUUUUCUCCUACAGGCGAGUGUAUACAUUCUUUCGACUUUGAAAAAGAAGAGUUUCGACGACUACCCCUACCAAGCUGCGUUGUACACGUGGAGGAGUCAUGGUACAAGGAGAAGGCAUGGAGGUUGGGGGUGCUACAAGAGUACAAGGUUGUCUCUUUUUAG